AUGACUCUGAUUUGGGUAACACUUGUCUUUCUUCUUCACCAAGGAGAAACGCUGGAUCAAGUGACCACAGUUCAGCUUGGUGAACCUGUAACUUUGACAUGUGUUUUACCUCCUGGUGAUUUAAGCAGUAAAAUUCACUGGUACAAGCAGAGAGCAGGGGAAACUCUCAAAUUGAUUGCGACACUGCGGCAAACUGCACAUCCUCAGUAUGGACAAGGGUUUAAUGCCUCAAGAUUGGAAGUAAAAGACAAUAAGAACAUCAGCAGUCUGACCAUAUUCAGGACAAUCCCACAAGAUGAAGGAAUGUAUCACUGUGCAGUCAUGGAAUGGAAUGUGAAUACUUGGAGUGCGACGUAUUUGUUAUUAAAAGGGAACACCCAGAGAAACGUUACUGUUCGUCAGUGGCCAACGGUAUUAGAUCCAGUCCGUGCAGGGGAUUCUGUGUCUCUCAACUGUUCAGUCCUCUCAGACUCUGAUAACAAGAUGUGUCCUGGAGAUCUCAAUGUCCUCUGGUUCAGAGGACAAAACUCUCAUCCAAAUAUCAUCUAUGUUGAUGGAAAGAAUCAAACUGAAUGUAAGAAGCAAUCAGACACUCAGAGGAGCUGUGUUUAUCACUUCUCUAAGAAGGUCAGCUCCUCUGAUGCUGGCACAUACUACUGUGCUGUUGUCACAUGUGGAACGAUAUUAUUUGGAGAUGGAACUCAACUGCAAAUAGCCACUGUCCUGCAGAAAAAAUGCAGCGAUCAGAAAAGACAAAAGGACACGUCUAUGUUUUCUGCUGUUGUCUUUACAAUGAUGAAGGCUGACAGAGGGAAAAUAGAGGAUGCAAAGGCAGUUGAGAAGCAGAUCUACAUGGCCAAGGCUUUUGGAUUGGAUUAG